CUUCGAUGAGCAGUCACCAUGAACGAAUCCAUGAUUAUAAAAACGGACGCCAAAAGCCACAGUAAUUACAGCCUUCAGUUGAAUCGUUGGUUCUUAAAACCGAUCGGUGCUUGGCCAUAUUUUUCCACCACCUCGACACUCGAAAAAGUCAUUUCCGUCUGUUUGAUCAUCCUCUGUUAUGCCGUUAUACUGUUCAGCAUAAUCCCUUGCGUCGCUCAUUUAAUCUUCGAAGAUGAUAGUUUUUAUAGAAAAGUAAGAGUGUUCGGUCCUCUGGGCCAUUGGUUCAUCGGUGGAAUCAACUAUACCAAUCUGCUGUUUCGAAGAAAAAAUAUAAGUGAUUGUGUGGAACACAUUGAAACUGAUUGGCAAAUAGUGACGAAAGAGAAACAGCAACAAGUAAUGCUGAAACACGCAAAGUUUGGCCGAUACGUGUCGGCUAUAUGCGCGAUCUUCGUGCACAGUGGUAUCAUGUCUUACUGUAUAGUAAGUGCGUCCAGUACGCAGAUCAUCAAAGUUGGUAACGAGACAAGGACCAUGCGUUCGUUGCCCCUUGGUGUUUACAACAGGAUGAUCCCAGUCGACACGAGCCCCGCGAACGAAAUAGUCCUCGUAAUGCAGUUUCUAUCGGCUUUCAUCGCCGACUCCAGCGGAAUUGGAUUUUACACACUGGCGAGUGUCUUAGCAGCACAUGCUUGCGGUCAACUGAGCGUGUUAACGAUUUGGAUCAGUGACUACGUGAAUGAAGCUGAUAACAGAAAGGAGGAUGCUUCUUUUAGGAAAAUUGGAACGAUCGUGGAACAUCAUCUGAGAACACUAGAGUAA